AAGCGAGCUGAAUGGGAAGCACAUUUGUGAAGCUCCUCGCCGCCGGUGUAGUCGCACACAACGACGGGUCGGGACGACAAGGGACGACGACUAGCAGUCGUACACGUAAAUAAAUCUCCGUGGGGCUGACGGCCAAACUCGAAUUGCCCGUGUUAUUUUAAAACUACACCCUCCACGCACCCACGCACACACACACACAGAAAACACGAAGGAGAAGCGGAGACACUCGGCAUCUUUCGUGUCGCCAACGAAGAGGGAGAGAGGGAUGCGGGGAACCCAGAGGAGAUAAAUAGACUCGUCCUCUUCCACCGUUGCCACAAUGGAGUCAGUUUUUGGUUAGCUAACGGCGAGUUGAAGGGGAAUUUGUUUGCAGCGGCUGUUUGUCGCGGAAAAUGAGGAUAAUAUGGAGGUUUUAAAGUGCCCCUAAUGUCGUGGACGUUCAGCAGUUUAACGUAAAGUGACGUUUUUUCUGUCAAGGCACUGUGUGUUUGGGUAGCUCGUGUGUGCGAGUAGCUGCUGCCGCCGCCCGGUGCUGCUGCUGCUGCUGGUGCUGCUGCAUUUCUUCACCUUUUUGAAGUAGCAUCUAUACCGGGUAAAACCUCUUCAGUGCCAUCCAUUCCAGGGUCGUGAGGAGCCUCUGCAGAAAACCGGGCCCUACAGGUGUCCGUCAUUGAAUCUGCAUGCUGGGAAGUGAAGCCAUGGCCCGAAUGACCUGGAAACCAAAGUGACUGAAACUUUAAGAAUCACAAUGGAGCCAGAGUCUAAUUCAUACUCUGGGACCCACCAAGAACUGAAAUAUCCAUCUGUACCCAACUCUCAAUGUGAGGUGAUCAUGGGUGAUAUCAACCUCAUUGACCCAGUAGUGAGGGGUGGGAGUGAUCCCAGUGCGUACCCUUCGUCCAGCUAUCAACGGAACGUGCAUCAAAAAUUUAUCAGGAGAAGUCUCUGGUUCUCAGAACCAGACGAGCAGUCAUUUGAAGCACCUGAAUGUGAUAACAGGAAUAAGAUCCUGAACAUUAACCUACGAACAAUAGUGGACAGGACUCGGGGGACUAGCGGGGGUGUUCAAGAGGGGUCCAGCACCGAAAGUCAGGGUAUUCAAAAAGACAGUGCGACAGAGAGUGCCAGCGCCGACGAGGAGAAGGAAAAAGGUGGAGUGGCAUUAAAUGUUGUUUGUAAUGAUGGUGCCAAAUCCACUGUCAAGGCAGCCAGUGAGGAGAACGAGGAGGAGGCCGAGAUGAAAGCGGUCUCCACAUCUCCAGGAGGAAGGUUCCUUAAGUUUGACAUUGAGCUGGGGAGAGGUUCCUUCAAGACGGUCUACAAGGGCCUGGAUACUGACACCUGGGUGGAGGUUGCCUGGUGUGAGCUGCAGGAUCGUAAGCUGUCGAAAGUGGAGCGCCAGCGUUUUAAGGAGGAAGCGGAGAUGCUGAAGGGGCUACAACAUCCCAACAUUGUCCGUUUCUAUGACUUCUGGGAGUCGCCCCUCAAAGGGAAGAAGUGCAUAGUUCUAGUCACAGAGCUCAUGACGUCUGGGACGCUAAAAACAUAUCUGAAGCGUUUCAAGGUAAUGAAGCCCAAGGUGCUGCGGAGCUGGUGCAGACAGAUCCUGAAAGGCCUCCACUUUCUCCACACCAGGACCCCACCCAUCAUCCACAGGGACCUCAAAUGUGACAAUAUCUUCAUCACUGGACCCACAGGAUCAGUCAAGAUAGGCGAUUUAGGACUGGCAACACUCAAGGCUGCUUCCUUUGCCAAGAGUGUCAUCGGCACUCCUGAGUUCAUGGCUCCAGAGAUGUACGAGGAGCACUAUGAUGAAGCUGUGGAUGUCUAUGCUUUUGGCAUGUGUAUGCUAGAGAUGGCCACCUCAGAAUACCCAUACUCCGAGUGCCAGAAUGCUGCUCAGAUUUACCGCAAAGUCACAAGUGGAGUCAAGCCAGCCAGCUACAACAAGGUCAUGGAUCCUGAAAUCAAGGAGAUUAUCGGGGAGUGUAUCUGCCAGAAGAAGGAGGAGCGGUACACCAUCAAGGACUUGUUGAACCACGCUUUCUUUGCCGAGGACACAGGCGUGAGGGUGGAGCUAGCCGAGGAGGACGAUGGCAAAAAGGCCUCGAUAGCCCUCAAACUGUGGGUGGAGGACCACAAGAAGCUAAAGGGGAAGUACAAGGAGAGCGGCGCCAUCGAGUUCUCGUUUGAUCUGGAAAAGGACGUCCCUGAGAUUGUGGCACAAGAAAUGGUCGAGUCUGGCUUCUUCCACGAGAGUGAUGUUAAGACUGUGGGAAAGUCGAUCAGAGACCGCGUGACCCUGAUCAAAUGGAGACGAGCGAGAACCGUAUCUGCCGCAGCUGAAGGCGACCAGGGUGAAGGAGGACACAGGGUUCAGGUGGCAUCGUCUCAGGGCAUCUCUGUUGGGCCUGCACAUGUAGGACAGCCCCCUUUGCUGGAACCAGAAGAGGCGGAGACAGACCAGCACAACAGGCUGCGUAACCUGCCAGCCAGUGCCACUUCAGUGACGUCGGACAGCACACUUGACAGUGGCAUGGGGUCCACUGUGUACUCCGACUCACACAGCAGCCAGCAGAGUGUCCUCUACCAGUCCCUGCUGGAACCUAUUACCAUGGCAACACAGCAGUGCCAGAACAGUAGCCCUUUUCUGACAGAUCGUCCUCGCUCCUGUGAAAAGGGUGAAAUGUGGGGGGCAACUCUGAGCCCGGAGCUCAGGAUCCGUUUGGGAGCUGCCGCCCGGAGAGGAAGUGCCCCCGUCCUUGACACGCACAGGGCAAACCACAUAGCUCAACUCCAUGCCUUCAAUCAGUCUCGGAGAUCAAUCAGCCCCAACCCUACUGUUCCAGAGGACCAAUCAGAACUCUGCCCCUCUGAGCUUCACACGGAGGCUGAAGAUGGGUUUCCCCACAGGUGUGCUCUCCCAGUGCUGCAGGUCCCCCCAGUCACAGAGUACCGACGCAACAGCGACACCUGCAUCCGACCACCGUCUGAGGCCAAUGAGAACUUAACAGUACCCCUGCCAGGUGGACGCAGACAUUCUGACCUCAGUAGUCUCCUUGGUAUUCAUAACCACUUUGCAAUCCAUAAAACCCACAUGUGCCAGGCCUGUCUCUCUAUGAUUCUCUUGAGGUCACAAGAAGUUAUUCACCGCCACCCUUCUUUUAUCGUGCCAACACACCACUGUCCGUGCGACUUCAGACACCACCCAUUCUCAGGUGAAACGAUGACCACACCUAGUUACGUUCGGCCAAAAAGUUCCAGCGAUUGCUCGGAUUUCUUGCUGCUGCAAAAGUCCCUGUUCAAUAUAAUCAGUCGCAAAGCACCUCCUUGUUACACCGCCCCUACCCAGGCCUCGUUGCUGCAUCCCCCAGUUGCCCACAGACCUGCCUGCAGUCAUGAGGACAACAGCCAGGCGAGUCAUCUCCUGAGUGCAAGUUCAGGUGGGGACCAAGAACAUUUCCAGGAAGUUCCUGUGGCAGUGACGAAUUCUGCAGGUCACCAGAAUCAACAUGCUGUCCAGGGCCUACCUUCUGCGAGCACAACAAUGAACACACCACUGCAGUAUCUCCAGCCUGGACACAGUUACCCUGCUCCUCCGUAUGCCGGUCAACCUGGCACUGCAACACCAUCUCCAGCAAGUCUAUGUAUGGUUGGCAUCCACAAUGCAGCCAACUCUUAUGUACCAAGUGUGCAACAACAACAACAAGCCGUACCACAACAUAUCACACAGAGCCAACAAGCACCAGGCUAUCAACAACAGCAGCAAGCAACAGGUUUUCCUGUGCAUGGCCAACAAAUGAGUCUGAACUCUGUGGCUCCAGCUCAACAACAAGCUCAGGCUACAUCAGGAUAUCCUGCUCCAGUUCAGCAACAGACUGCAGCUGCAGCCCUGCCAGCACAGCAGGCUCUUGCAUCAGUCGCUGCAGCUACGGCAUCCGUGGCCCAGUGUCAUCCUGCACAAGCUCCCGGCACACUGCAGCACAUCCAGGCUGCAGUCAAGCUGUCAAGUCAGCAGACUGGUCCGAGCUCCUCCACACCAGCACAUUACAGCCAACAGAUUCAGCAAGAGCACCAACAGCUGUUAUCACAAAAUACUCAAGCCAGUGUGCAGCAAACACAAAAUGCUGGGCAGUCUUAUCAUCAACCUGUGCUCCAGCAAAACCAAGAUAACAUGCAUCCGCUAUACCAACAGAUGACGCAACAGUCUCAACAUCAGCACAGUCAGAAAGCCAUGCAAACGGCAGGUCCACUGCAGAACCAGGAUGGGACCAUGUCUACAGUCCAACAAGUUCAGCCUCCAACUUCUCAGCUUCACCCUGCAGCAGAUCCACUUCGGCAGGUUGCAGCUACAAACCAGAGCCAGUACCAGCCUGCACAGUCGUCCGCUGCUGCUCCACAGAGCUACGGAGGAGCCACUCCUGCCUCUUCCCAGCAAAGCCAGGCAGCACAUUUUUCCCAACAGAAUAUACCUGCUGGUCAAAGCAUUUCACAGCUAGGACAAGAUGGACAGAAUCUUAGCCAGACCACAUCUGGUAUGCUGACUCAGGCACUUCCUCCUCAGCAGCCAGCUCAGGCCAAUGUCUAUCAGCAACUUCAACCUCUGCAGACAUCAACCUGUUUACCACCAACACGCCCACCCCAGUUUCCUUCACAGUAUCCCACAGUCCAGGUGAUGACAGCUGUGCCUGACUCUGAAACUUCCUGUCCUCACUCCUGCACUGCUUCUCACCCUUCAAUCUCCUCCUCUCUCAAUCCCAUCUUCCUCUCUCCUGGUCAGCCCCUUCCUGUGACUCCCUCUGUCUCUCCUGUCUCCCCUCUGCACAUUGAAAAUUCACUAGUUUCACCCAUCCCCGUGUCCCUCAUACCUUCCCCAUCACCUAUGCUGGGUAGGAUGGAGCCCACAUCCCCGCAGCACCAGCCUAAUGCUGCUUUGAAACAGAGCAUUAGAUGUGAUGCUUCUCAUUCACAACCUGCAAUUAUAUCAGCAUUUACCACCCAUUCGAUACACACACACAUUUCCCCAUCUCUAAACACACACCCUCCCAACAAUGGCAGCACUCAGUCUCUAAUUCAGCAGGCCCAGGUGAGCCAUCCUGAGCACGUCCCCUCUGCUCAGUCUGUCCAGCCAGCACUUUUCUCCUCACCUCUGCAGAAUGGGGCUGAUCCAGGCACAGCCACCUCAGUUGCCAAUCUGGACAAUGGUAACCCAUGCCAGCUGGCCCCACAGGCCCAGAGUCAGGUCCAGGGCCAAAUUCCUUUGCUGCAGCCGUUGGACUCUCAGAGAGUGUCAUCUGGGUCUGCCAGUUCCAGUCUGACUCAGCAGAAACAUCUCGGUUCUGUAACUGGACCCGCAGGUCAGGGUCCAGCAGAGACCAACACAGAGGAACAAGCCACAGAGAAACAUACUUCAGGACAAAGCUAUGACAGUGUCAACUCUGAUGCCAUGUCAGGGAAGGAGAUGAGUGAUGGUUAUGAGGGGACACAUGGAGGUAAAGGUGAAGCGAAAGUCCGCAAACACCAUCGCAGGUCCACACGCACUCGCUCUCGCCAGGAGAAGACCAACAGGCCAAAGCUCAACAUGCUCAAUGUGUGCAACACUGGGGAUAAGAUGGUGGAGUGUCAGCUGGAAACUCAUAACCACAAGAUGGUCACUUUCAAGUUUGACCUGGAUGGAGAUGCACCAGAGGAGAUUGCCACGUACAUGGUGGAGAAUGAUUUCAUUUUACCAUUGGAGAAGGAGGUCUUCAUUGAACAGCUGAAGGACAUCGUGGACAAAGCCGAGGACAUGCUGAGCGAGGACACGGAGGGUGAGAGGAACUCCGAUCAGGGAGGCAGCCCCAAACAGAGUGAAGGAGCUGACACUCUGGGAACAGAGGCGUCGUCACCCAGCACCCAACAGCUGGUGUACCAACAAAAUGUCCUCCAUACUGGGAAGCGCUGGUUUAUUAUCUGCCCUGUAGCAGAGACGCCCAUGCCGGACAAAGAGGAGACUUCAUCUCACAUCUCCACAGCCCAGGAAUCUGAAAACAACUGCAACACAUCUACAGUGGCUACACCUGUCGCAUCUUUAUCCUCACAAAACCCGUGCUCCUCCUCAGCCUCUCUGCCCCCUGCUGCUCAGACCUCAGCGCAGCCUCCAAACCAAAACAUUGGAAAAGCUCAAGUGCAGCAGACUCAGCCCUGUGUGACUAAACAUUCCCUUGCUGCUGGUGGAGUCAGACAUCCAAACCCCCUUCCCGUGGAAGAACCCUGCAUCUCUGCUGUCUCUAUGGUGGUGGAUAUGCCGUGCUGUGCGAUUGUGCCACCUGUCUCUCUGGAUGUGAAUGUGGCAGAGAAAGGACUCGCUGGUGGUUUAGCAUCAUCUCAAACAAAUCAGUCAAAUGAGGAGAAGAUCAGUCCUACGGGAGAACUGCCCCCUCAGCUGGCCUCCCAUCAGUCUGUGGUCCUGCAGCAACCCUAUGCCACGCCCAUGCAGCCCGGGACAGGGACCUCUCAGCCUCAGAGUCCGGCACAUCAGAGCUCCCAGAACUCCCAAUCGUCAAGCCACCAGCAGUCGGCGAGUGGCGGGCCAGGAGAGUCGGACAGUGAGGGACCACGCAGGGUGGAGUUUGUUGACCGCACCAUCAAGACUUUGGAUGAGAAGCUUCGAAACCUGUUGUACCAGGAGCAUCCUCCCUCUCAGCCUUCUGCCACGACGUCUGAUCCCCAGGCCUCCAGCGCAGAAGGAGUCGGCUCCCCUCCGGUGUCGGAUGGCCAGAGCACUGACGUAGCACCCUCAAAGAAGAAAGGGGAGCCACUGCCUCAGAUUCCAGAGCGCACAGAUAGUGUGGGUGCACUGAAUGACUCGGCAGUGGCCGGUGCUUAUGUGGAUUUGAAAGGAAGAGAUGUGACUGCCACCUCCACUUCAUACAGCAAUAAAGGCUGUUUUCAAAUCAUCUCCACUUCACCAGUUGACACUUGCCAUUCGGAGGAACAUAAGGCCAACUCUUGCAGUUCCCCAGCACCCUCUAGUGGCUCUGGAGGGUCUCACAGUCAGACCCAGGGCCUAUGCAGGAAAGAGAAGCCAAGUGAAGCUGUGGGCAAAUCGUCCAAAACAGUCGCAGCUGAUGAACAAAAUGCGGGAACAUCCAGAGUCCACAGUUCCAACCGCUAUUCUGCCCCACCAAACCUCUACAAAGCCACCCCCACUUCCAGCCCCGAUAUCUCCCCGUGCCACAUCCCCCGGGCUCAGACCAUCGAUACUCCGACCCCCAACCGCCAUCACUACUCCUCUCACCUCUACUCUGACUCGGCAGAUGAAGACAGCAGCAGCAUCGCUCUCCCGCCGGUGCAGCCCGCUCCCCCGGCCAAUGCCCUGUCGGAGCACAGUGGCAGUGACCUCAUGAAGAGGGCAGUAGCCUUCCUGCGGCGCUCCGGCAGGAGCAAAAGUGAGCAGUACUCUGAGUCACCGGGCCGACAGCCCCUGGCGAUGAACGGUCACGCUCCCUCUCCGUCGGCGGGACAUGCCCCCUCGUCCUACAUCAGUAGCGACAAUGACUCCGAGUUUGAGGACGCUGAUAUGCGGAAGGAACUGCAAAAGCUACGGGAAAAACACAUGAAGGAGAUCUCUGAACUGCAGGCUUUCCAGAGGAGUGAGAUUGAGCAUCUGUACAAGGAGCUGGGCAAAACUCUGCCUCCCAAUGUGGGCUUACUCCACGCGGCACCCCCUAGUGGCCGUAGGCGUCGGGCCAGCAAGCACAAGCUGAAGGCCGGGAAGCUGCUCAAUCCCAUGGUGCAGCAUCUUAAAAACAAUCUUAACAGCGCCACUGAGAGAAAAGGUGAGAGCUCCCCGGCUAAAAGUUUACUUCUGUCUGAUGGCUCUGCACACUCCAGUGGCAGCUCCAGCAGUCGGCCCAACUCUGUCCCAGAGCAGGUUCUCACACAGCAGCCCUGUUCCCUGAAGGGCUCGUUCUCCUCGGACAACAUCUACUCUGGACUACACGGCGAUGGAAUGACCACUCAGGCAGGCCCUGCCCAAGGCUGGACCGUUUACCACCAAACGUCAGAGAGAGUCACCUAUAAAUCUAGUAGCAAACCCCGCACUAGAUUCCUCAGUGGACCUGUGUCUCUGUCCAUCUGGUCCACUCUGAAACGACUAUGUCUAGGCAAAGAGCGCAGUAGUAGGUCGUCUUUCAACACCAGCGCUGCUCAGACUGCCUCCAGUCACACACAGCCAUCGCUCGCCACGGCCACAGCCACAGCCACGCCCUCGCCGUCCGCUCAGCCUGUCGCACGCUUCGCUCAGGUCCAAACCAACAACAGCAACAACAAGCGGGGCAUGUUCACAGAAGACCUCCACAAACUGGUGGACGACUGGGCGAAGGAGACCGUCGCGGCGGCCAAUCAGCCGCGACCCUCACUGAACCAAAUCAAACAACAGACGCGCCAAAGGGACCUGGAAUUCAAAGCUCCGCCCACGGGAGCAGCUGCACAUGAGAUGAAAUGCCAUGUUGGUACCAGCAAGUUCCAGCUGCCUCUUUCCUGCCCCCUGACUGCUGCUUUAGGCCCUGGUAUGCCCUCAAGCCUAGCUCCCAACCCCUCAGCAAUGCUCCCUCCUGGUCACCUCCUGCCAGCAGGCUCCUAUGGUGGGACGGUUCCCGGUCCGCUUUACUAUCAGCAGUGGUCCGGCAUGCCUAGUCCUGUAGGGUCAGCGGGUUCUGUAGGUAUGCUUGGUGCUGCAAGAAUGACGCCCUAUACCACAAUGGCAAACCCAGGGAUCCAAAAUUACCCUCUUAUUAUGCACAACCUGGAGAAAGGCCCCCACACCACUAGGACUACCUAAUCUGCUCAAUAAAGUUAGUCGGCGUGUGUAUGGAUAAGAUGUCGUCCACCACUGUACAUAACAUGACUGUGUUGAUCUUCUUCUGUGUACAUCACAUAUCACUGAUCUGAUCAGCCACGACAUUACAACCACCUGCCCACCCCCCCAUUCCACCUGAACAUAUGAGAACAUGUUUCAAACAUGUUUCAUACAACAUCUGAAGGUGUCGCCAACGUCUCUGAACUGCUUUCACGAGUGCAAUGAGGCUUCUGUGGAUCUGUCAUCGUUGUUCAGCACAUUCCAUGAAUGCUUGAUGAGGUUAAAGUUGGGUCAUUUCAGGUGUCGGCACCACGUCAUGUUCCUGAAACCAUUCCCGGUCUGUUGUUGUUGUUUUUUUUUUUUGUUUUUUUUGCAGUAUGGUGGCAAGUGUACUUGUCCAGCACUGAUAUUAAGGUUGGUUCUACGUGGAUGCCAAGACCCUGAGAUCCUUGGAUCAUUGCCCAGAGAAUCACACGCUGUCGACACUGGAUAGUUAGACACGCACUCGCAUUCCUGAUGUUGAUAAAACCACAUUUUUCUGUUGCUCCGUGUUUCAGUUCUGACACCUAACGCAACUUUCUAUCACAGCUGUCAUUAAAACUGUCUGUAAUUUGUAGAAUUUAACUAACGUUCGCGUCAUCAGUGAGACUUGUGUACCCAUGACCUUCUUAUCAGUUCUCUGGAAACUCCCAAGAAGACCUGUUGUUGUUGACUCUGACUGCCAUGUAAUGAUCAUCAUCAUCAUCAUCAUCAUCAUCAUUAGUUAUUCUGGUCAUUAGGUCAAUUUUUCUUAAUUUCAAAGAUUUCAUCUUCAAAAACAACUUAUUAAUUUGCUGCGUGAUAAAUCCACCAGGUGUCAUAACAUCAGUCGCUUCACCUCCAGUGGUUUUAUUGUUGUGGCUCAUUGGUUCAUAUCUGUAAAGUGUGAAUGUGUGUGUGCGUGCGCAUGUAUGUAUACUAUACAGUACAUGUGUGUCUGCUUCAGCCGUACAACACAACACGUUGCUGUGUCUGUGGUCAAGAAAAACAGAUUUCACUUUAUUCUCGGUUAAUUGCAGUUUUCACGUUGAUUUUCUUUUCUUUUUUUUUACUUUGUUUUUGCCUUAUUUUUCUCUGUUAAACGUAAAUUUAAAACACUACAUUGGAAUCCAAAUACCAGUGGUAUGAGAAACUGUAAACAGACAGUAUUUAUGAUAAGAAUAUUUGAAGGAAUGUAGUGCCUUGAACAUUGAUUUAUUAUGUUGUUAUUUUUAAUUCUUUGAAACAAAGCAUGUCUGCAUCCAAGUUAUUUGGUAGCUUGAGUGCAGUCUCUCUAUUUUUUUUUUUUUAAUGCAUUACAGACACUUUAGUUUUCUCGGUUUACAUAUUAAUGCCCUUGUAGUACUGCACUAUUAACACAGUAUAUGCUCUUAUUUAAAUAAUAAUAAAAAAAAUGUAUUUUUACUUUUGUUUACCUUCCACCCCUGUGACACAAGGAUUGCCAUAGUGGUGAAAUGCACCGUUGCCUUGCAGAAACAAAAGAUAAUAAUAAUAAAAAUGUACGACUGGUGACCGGGAGGAAAAAAAUAAAUAUGCCAGAAGCCAAAAUCCACGUUUUUUCAGGUCAAAUGGUUCAGCUGGACACAGCCUGUUUUUGUUUGUGUUGGUUUUUCUUUAAAGGACAACAGUGUGCUCAGAGGAAAGGCAGUGUCCAGAGCCAUAUAUACUAGACUUAGUUCUUUCUACAGUAUAUGCCUCUGAUAGUGUUCUGAUGAGAAUGUAGCAGUGACUAUUAUGUGAUGGCUCGAGGCUUUAAAAGUGCAAUUUAACCCCUCCACAAAGCUUUGAUCGUGGCCUUGCCACAAGCCUUAUUGUUAUUAUUAUUAUUAUUAUUAUUAUUAUUAUUAUUAUUAUCUCAAGUUGAAAAGUUCCAAACUCACCAAACCAAACAGAAGAUAAGCCGGGGUGAAAUAUCAAAAACCAUUACAAAUGAAAUCACUACUGCUUACUUGAUGUGUUCUUUCGACUUGGCUGUCCUAUAACUCAGCAGCGUACACUGUUUGUAAAAUGUUCCGUGCAAUCAAUCACUCGUCAAAGUCUGAUGUCUUUAACUUAUUUGUCAAAAGCUUGAUUGUUUUUUCUUUGUUUUUGUUUUUUUUUUGGAUGCCUGCUAUCAUCUGUACAGUUUCAAACAAGAUGGUACAUUUAAAAACAAAACUUCUCAAAUUGAAUUAACAAACAAAGCGGUGUUAUUGUUGCCUUGUUGAAAUUUUGACAUUGUGUUGAUUUCCCAGGUUGCUUCUGACGACAUUUCUCUCCUUGUUUGUAAUAUAUUGCAAAAAUUCAAACGACACUUGAUGUGGGGGAUUUGCACAACAGCUGGUCUCCCCUUAAUUUCGACUUAAGUUCUUGUGUUUCCUAUAGUGUAUAAAGUGUUUGUUUGUUUGUUUGUUUGUUUGUUUUUUAAAUCACUGACAAGCAUGGCCAACGUUUCCACAAAGCAAAAAGACAAACAAUACUGCUCGUACGGUUCGAAAUCUCACUCACCACAACACAUUUUGAAAGUUUUCAGCACCCCGAUCCUUCCAAGCUGUGAACUGUACAGUUUUCUUGUAGUUUAUAUUUGUACAUUUUUGUUUUUGUUUGAUUGUGUAAAGGGUGGCAGUGGCGUUGGUGAUGGUGUCUGAGGGGUUGCUUUUGUUGUACAGUAUAUUAUUCCAUCAAUUCGGUUUGAAUUGGACUUUUAUAGGAUUAUUAUGCAGAGUCUUCUGCUUUGGUGAAAUACUUCCAGUAGUAAGAGAUUUCUGUUCUCUGUCACUUGUAUCUGGUAUAUUUUGUUCCACCUCCCUCGCCGCGGUGAGCAGACAGGGGGAGUAAACUACUGUUGCCAUAUUCAUUCCGGGUGCAGGGGUAGAACUGCAAUGGAGAGUUCCUGACACUUCAUACUCAGACUCAUAUCUCACCUCCCUGUGGACCGCGUCGCCCCCUGGUGAAUAUGCUAUGAUUGUCAAAAGGCUUGUAUUUAAAGUGUGUGGGAUUGCUUCUGCCUGCUGUUAUGUCCCACUGCAUUAACCCCCCGACCCACCCCCACCCUUACCUGCUGCACUCUAAUCACAGACUGUAUGUUUGAGAGAGAAAUAAAUAUUAUUUUGUGCUUGG